AUGGCAGAUUCGUGGGAGGAAGGGAAUGGUGAGAAUGUCACAAACCAGCAAGGGGAAGAGGAUGAUUUUAUGUCUGUAGAAGAUGGGGUAGCAGCUUCUGUUGCAAAGGAGGUGUACCACGUGUAUGAUUCGGAUGAUGCCGAUACUUCGGAUGAUGAAUAUCACGAAGCACGUGAUAACUUACGAGCAUAUGGCGAGACGAGGAAGAGGAGAAAGGUGCAGUCAAAGCGUGCUGCUGAUGGGGAAGCGGAGCAAUUGGAUGAAUUUGAAGAUGUUGAGGUUGAAAGUGGAGAGGAAGAGGAAGCAGAGAAUGAUAAUGGUGAACAUGGAGAGGAUGCAGGGGGAGAGGAACCGAGGAAUGAGGCUUCAAAUCAUUCUAUAUCCAAUCAUCCUCCCCCUGUUCAAGAACAAGCCGUUGGUGAGAAUUCCAAUGACUCGUUUUACAGAUUGUCUGAAGAUUCGGAUCAUGUUCGUCCGAACUUAUCUGAUGAAGAGGCUAGGGAAAUGUACGAUGAUGCUCCACACUAUGAUCCAAAAUGUGAUCAUAAGAUCUUCCAAUUUGUGUGUCGGAUGAAGUUUGAGAGUGCAGAGCAAUUCAAGGAGGCUGUUGUUAGACAUUCUGUCGCAGCUGGUGCAAGUCUGAGGUGGACUAGGACUAACCCUAAUAGGAGGGAGGUGAAAUGUAAGGCUCUGAAUUGUAAGUGGAAGUUGUAUGCCAGUUGGUUCAGAUAA